UUACACGGAAAGUUAAUUUACAAAAUUUCUUCAAAACAUUUUUCUUAGGCAAUGUCAAAUCAGUGUAUUAAUGUGGAGAAAUCUAGCGCUAACAUUAAAUCGAUGGAAGUGCUAUGCAUUCAGUUCAAAAUAUCUGAUCUACACUAAUUUGGGUAUGUCCGUGUCACUGAGUAUGGUCGGAGACGCCAUGGAGCAAUCAUAUGAACGUUACACUCGAGAAGCUGAUAAAUGGGAUCGCACACGUACUGUGCGAAUGGGUAUAUCUGGAUUUACCGUGGGCUUUGUGUGUCAUUUUUGGUAUAAAUAUUUAGAUUAUGUUUAUCCAAAGCGUACAAUUGGUGUGGUUGUACGUAAAAUAUUGCUAGAUCAAUUCGUAUGCUCACCCUUUUUUUUAGUGGUGUUCUUUGUCACCAUGGGAGUGCUAGAGAAAAAAAACUGGGCAGAGCUUAAAGAGGAAAUUGGCGAUAAGGCAUUCAUACUCUACAAGGCCGAAUGGACUGUCUGGCCGCUUGCCCAGCUCUUUAAUUUCUUUUUCAUCAAACCAAAAUAUCGUGUUCUUUAUGAUAAUAGCAUCAGUCUCGGCUAUGAUGUCUAUAUAUCGAAAGUGAAAUAUAGCAAAGUCAAAAAGGAAGCCAAAAAGGAAGAUGAACCGAAAAUUAAUUAAGCAACAACUAUUACUUCAAAAAAAACAAAAAAAAAGAAACCAAGAAAAUUCUCAAAAUUUUUUUUCUUUUGUCAAAUACUAUAAAUGGAACAAACUUCAGCAUACAGGCAGAAUGGAAUGCUGUCCUUUUUCUCUAUAAUCAAGUUUAAAUUGUCAAAGGAUAUGGCUGGAAGGAAAAAGGCAACAUCAAAAGAAAUCAAAAUGGCCCAAUGACAACAGAAAUGUGCCAAAAGUCAACAAUGAAUAUCUUUUUCCCCCGUUUUAGCCGACUCCCCCAAACAAGUAUCUGGUGUGAAUUUUUCAAAAGGAUGACUUUUACAAAUAUUACACUGGAAGAAAAUAAUGGGCGCAUAACCAAUUGUCGAUAGCCAAUGUAACAUUCGUGUAAUAGCAUUCAAGUGAAAAGAUUCAUAUCAUUUAUCAUGAAUAUAGAAUUAACUACAAGACAUUAAAUUUCAACUUUUGCUAAAUGCGUAUUAUCCAA